UAUAAAUAGAGGUUUAUGUCUCUAUGCCUUUAACCCUUCUCCUUGGUUGCUCUGUUCCAGCUGUUUGCUGUUUGCUGUUUGAGGUCUCAACACUCGCUUAAUCUCAGCUAAAUAUAAUUCAAAGCUGUAAAGGAAACGAGAAAACAUCUAAUUUAGUUUAGCGAAAAUGGAGGAAGAAUUUAAUGCUGGAAGGAUCAAAGGCGCUGCUAAGAGGACUUUGCAAAUUACACCUCUUGAUGAGGAAGAUCAAGAAGAGGUUCAAAUUGAUGACAGUGGAGAUGUUGAUUCGUAUGAUGAUGAUGAUGAGACGGAGGAGGAGGAUGAAGACAAGGAACCUGUGGGAUUAGGGGUUCUUGAAAAGCCUGAGAAUUCAUGGUCACUGCUACGUGAGUUAUUUCCAAGCAAAGCUGGGGGUACUCCGGCUUGGUUGGAUCCAAUAAACUUGCCAACAGGAAAAUCCUGUCUUUGCGAUAUCUGUGGCGAGCCUUUGCAGUUCAUGCUUCAGGUUUACGCACCACUCACGGAGAAGGAUUCGACUUUUCAUCGCACCUUAUUUCUCUUCAUGUGUACAUCAAUGACCUGUCUCCUUAAAGAUCAACAUGAGCAGUGGAAAAGGAACCAAGACAAGCAAUCCAGGAGUGUCAAGGUCUUUCGUUGCCAAUUGCCCCGUGAUAACUCUUUUUACUCCAGUGAACCCCCAAGAAACAAUGGGAAAGAUAAACCUUCUAGUCCUGGAGCUGUUCUCUGUGGCUGGUGUGGUACAUGGAAAGGAGAUAAAGUCUGUGGUGGUUGCCGAAGAGUACACUACUGCUCGGAGAAACAUCAGACUGUUCAUUGGAAAUCAGGUCAUAAACAACGCUGCUUACCCUCAAGCAUUUCUCAGGAUGCAUCUGAACCUAGUAAUAGUAAGACUCUUAGGGAAGUGCAAGAAGUUGCAAGCAAGAGUCUCUGGCCAGAAUAUGAGAUCGCAAUUACUGAUGAAUGUGAGGAUAACGUUUCUGAUGAUAAUGGUCUAGUUAACUCAUUGAUUUCUUCAAGCCGUGUGGAUGAAUCAAUUGAGGCACUUAUGGACAGCUUCGAGGGGGGAGAUGACAAGAAGAGUUGGGCAUCUUUCCAGGAGAGGAUAUCUCGUACCCCUGAGCAAGUAUUAAGGUACUAUAGAGAUGCUGGAGCAAAACCAUUAUGGCCAACGUCAAGUGGCCAACCAUCAAAAGCUGACAUCCCUAAGUGCACCUAUUGUGGCGAUCAUAGGGCUUUUGAAUUUCAGGUUUUACCACAAAUACUCUAUUAUUUUGGUGUGGAAAAUGAUGUGCAUUCUCUUGAUUGGGCUACUAUUGCUGUGUACACCUGUGAAUCCUCGUGCGAUGGACAUAUAGCUUACAAGGAGGAAUUUGCUUGGGUUCAAAUUGCAUCUCAAUCAAGCACAACCCAGAGAUGAGACGCGUAAAGCAUGGUUUGAAACAAGAUUGAUAAUGGACCGCACUCUACCCUUCACUUAAAUACCAGACUUCUGGUUUGCCGUGAGAUUCAACUCAUGAUGUGCACUUAACCUGCACAACAUGCCUCGCGCUAAAAUUUUGUUUUCCUUUAUAUUAAUUUUUCUCAGAUCAUUUUUAGUUUUCCUGGUUAAUUUGCAAACGUUUCACAUUACAACGUCAGUAGUGAAUAUUUUGUUGUAAUAGUAUGUUUUUCUCAUCAAUCGAGGUGUUCAGCGUAAAAUUGGGAUCUUAUGAUUUCAAAAGUUUGUCUCUCUUCUACCAGAUUUGAUAAAUCUGUAAUAGGUAAGUACCCUUACUACAGUAGCUAGUAUUCAAUCUAUAUAUAUAUAUAUAUAUAUAUAAAAGAGGAUCUUUAGUUUGCUGUUGUGGCAUGCCUAAAUGAUCAGGAAAUUUAUUUAUAUACUUUCUCAAAUUUUUUCCUAUUUUUCCAUAUUAAUGUCUUUUAACUAAUUAAAGUUUAAAAAUAGAAAGACGUCAUUUACCGUUAUAAUUGUAUCCCUUUAACCGUUUCCUCAAAUUAAGCCCAUAAUAAUUGCAUACGUCGUUUGGCAUUCUGAAUUCAAAAUUAACGUCUACGCAGAAGUCCCAUCACAUCAUCCUCUUUGCGAGCAAAAACUCCAUCUCCAGAAGUUCACAAUGUUUUGCCAAGUUCUUUCUAUUGGAAGUGUGUCAGUUUUUAUGGAAUAUUCGCACUGAAGCCCAGUUAUAUAUGGACUCAUACAUAAUAAGGCUCCAUUGGUACGGAAGUACUCUACCAAAGAUUUGAACCAAGACCUCUGUUUACAAGGAUAGCAAUCCCGUCCACAACAUCGCAUCUUGCUUAUAAGUUUUUGCAAGUAUCUUUGAGAAGAAAAAGUUAAAUCACGUGAAGCACAAGAUUGUUGAUGCUGAGCACUAGGAAGAGAUAACUUCUUGAUGAUAUAGAUUUUAUACAAAGAGAACUAAGGUUGAGCAUGCUCCGUUGCCCAUGGAUGAAAUAAGGAUGCUGCUGGAAGUGGUCGAAUAUCAGCAAUAUUAUCGCAAUGCAACAGGAAAGGAGAAAUUUGCUUCACCUGAGAAAGGGCAAACAAACGGAUUGCAAACAGACACUUUGAACUCUUUUUUAGGUGAACUCAAUUUUGUUUGUCCUAAAUUAGAUGUUUGCUAUUUUAUUUUUGACAGAGAAAUAAUUUAUCUAGCUUCAAAUGUAAUCUUUGAGAGUAGUUCCUCUU